AUGGAAACGUCACACUGCUAUAAAUUCGCAUGUGAAAAUAAACCUACUUUUUUGUGCCAUUGUGCAGCAAAAGGAUGUUUUAUUUGCAAAAAUCAUUUGUCAGAGCACAUUGAAGACUCUUCUGUCUCUCACAAUCCAAAAUCAUUAUAUGAAAAGCCUGAUCCUGAUAGUAAAAUUUUAAUUUACUCUCAGUUGAUACAAAUUGAUGAGUCGCUUGGAAUUAUUGAGCAUAGCAUUAUUGAACAGGCUGCAAAAUUUAUUCAAAAAGUUACUGAUAGAAUGAACAGAAUAAUUGAAAAAAUAAAUCUGACUAGGAAAGAAUGUACAAAUUUAAUAUUAAAAAUAAUUGAAACUGCAGAAAUAUAUAAUGAAGAUGGUGAAAUUUUUAAAAUUAUGAGGCUUAAACCAGACCAAGCUCUUUUAGAAUUUGAUAUAUUAAAGAAAGAAAAAAUAAUUUUGCCUGAAUUAAAUAGCACCAUUAAAUUGGGGAAUAGUUUCCAAACAAGCCUGGAUUUGAUUGACUCUAUUUUUAGAAACUCAGAAAGCAGCAAUAUGACUGAAAAAAACACUAGUUUUAAUGAUACACAGCAAACAAGUCUAAAUAUCACAACUGAAAACAAACAAAAAUAUCUUCAAGCACUUAAGCCAUUCUUAUCCCAUAUAGUAGGGGCUAAUUUCAUUUUAGAGCCAUCUUUUUCUGGCAAUGAAGAAGAGAAAGAACAAAGAGAAUCUGAAAAAUUAUUUUAUUUCAAAGACCAAACAAAAAUCCUUGCUUCAAUUGAUUUAUCUACAAUGGAAACUUCAGAAAAAUCUCUAUCUAUCCCCGAAGAAAUGUGUACAACUACAUCUAUGUGUCUUCUACCUUAUAACUCAAUAUUUUGCUAUGGGAACUGGCAAUUAAGCCAGCAUAAGCAAAAGCCAUUUUCUGGCAUUGCAUUUAUUAUCGAUUGCAAACAAAACGUAUUAAGAUGCCAAGAUGGUUAUCCUUGCAUUAAUGCUGGCUCAAUUUACCACAAUGGAGAAAUCUAUAUCUUUGGAGGGAAUGAUGGAAAAGAUCUUGAUAUUGUAAGGUCAUUUAAUUUAAAAGAAAAAAAAUGAAUGCCAAGAGGAUCAAUGCUGAGUCCUUCUUCAACAUGCUCAUGCGAAUUUUUUCAAGGAAAAAUAUAUGUUGCUGGGUGGAAUCAUUCAAAAAUUCACAGUUUCUGUCCUUAUACAGGAUUUCAUGAUACGCUAGAUUUAUCUAUAGUGCAAAGAACUAACAAAGUAAUUUUAGCGAGUGAAGAGAGGCUUUAUUUGAUAGAGUCAAAUGGAGUUAUAUAUGAAAGCUGGGUAAAUGAUCUUUCAAACUGAAUGAGUGUAGGAAUUUUUGAAGAUAAAGGGAGAUAUUCCAACUCUUAUAAGUAUGUGGGGCAAAAAAGUGCAUUUUUUAUGAUAUCUGGGGUUUUAUUCAAAUUUGAUUUUAGUUCAAAAUCAAUUUUAAAAUUAAAAUAA